UAUGUCACGUGAUGUUGCAUUAGCUCGCUGACUCUGCUAUGUUUGUCGAUUGUGCUACCGUUUUAGAAAUGCUAACUUUUUCGCUCAUAUCGGUUAAUUGUCGUGUGGGGACGCCCUGCAGCUGUUCGGAGACUCGUUUUUAUCGACGCUGGGCUCGGAGUUUGACGGUGAAAACGCCCGCUGUUGGCCUGCACGUCACGUGACCCAGCAUGCGGCGGUGCGUUUGAUAAAAAGAUGGCGUGAGCGCGAGGACAACAAACCCCUGAACUACUGAGCGACCGCCUCACACAGCGCGAGGACAACGGAGACUUUGAUCCCGUGUUGCCAAAUGUUAGCUACCGACACCGACGAGCAAUGACAGUGCAGGAGAGACUACCGUCAACAACAUCCCGGCGAUAAGAGGCUGCACUCGGCGUAGCCAUCUGCGUGGUUAAGGUCGCCGUGGAAACUAGUUGGAAGAUGGAUCCUGGACAGGAUUUGCUUCUUGCCGCCCUCAGUGAGAGUGGCAUUUGCCCAAAUGAUAUUGGCCUAUUUGAUGUGGAUCCUCAGGAUGUUGCACAGACCUCUACGACCCAGCAAUCUAUCUCCAUCAAUGCUCUGGAUGUUGGCAUGGGGACAGAGUCGGUGGAAGGCAUUCGAGCUGAGCCUCCAGCUCCGGUCCCAAUAGUUACUAUCAGGCACAAACCUCAGCCAUCAACCACCACAUUUGUCUUAAAUCAGCUGAAUCAGUUGCCGUCACUUGGGGGUGUUGUUACCAAACCUUCAGCCACAAACAACAUUAAACACACCAUAACUGUCACCAAGGUGGUGCAUGUCACUAACUCAGCCCUGCGUGGCUCACCAACCCCCUCCUCCACAAGUAUCCCAGUAUCUUCAGUGUCUACAGUUGUGCCUUCUAACAGAGAUCAGCAGAUUCAGUUGAAAGACCUUCUGAGGACCAGCGGUGUCAGGAACACGGGUCUAAAAGGAAACAGCCUAAUGGAGCUCAUGAAGCUAAAGCCCCCACCUGACAUUGCUACACCUGUAGCCACAGCAACAGCCAAUGCUGACACAAACAAUGGCUUCAAGAAGGAAGUUUUGGGAAAAGAUGCUGCCAGGAUCUGGAUAAAUGACAACAUUAGAGUGCAGAACUUCACACCUGCACUGAAACCUCCAGGGAUGAAGGAGGAGGAGGAACCUGAGGAGGAAGAAGAGGAAGAGUUGGGUCAUGCAGAGACUUACGCAGAGUACAUGCCAAUGAAAUUAAAAGUUGGCCUCCGGCAUCCGGAUCCUGUGGUGGAAACCAGUUCCCUGUCCAGCGUUAGCCCCCCUGAUGUGUGGUACAGACUGUCCAUCUCAGAAGAAGUCAUUGAUCGAGGUUGCCUGUCUGCUCUGCAGCUGGAAGCUAUCACAUAUGCAGCUCAGCAACACGAAACAUUCCUCCCUAACGGUGAUCGAGCGGCCUAUCUGAUCGGUGAUGGAGCGGGUGUGGGAAAAGGCCGAACCAUUGCAGGGGUUAUCUAUGAGAAUUACCUUUUAGGCAGGAAGAGAUCACUUUGGUUUAGUGUCUCAAACGACCUGAAGUAUGACGCUGAAAGGGAUUUAAGGGAUAUAGGAGCCAAAAACAUCCAGGUUCACUCACUCAACAAGUUCAAAUACGGCAAAAUUUCAUCCAAACACAAUGGCAGUGUGAAGAAAGGUGUCAUAUUUGCCACCUACUCUUCACUGAUUGGAGAGAGCCAAUCAGGAGGAAAGUACAAGACUCGAUUUCAGCAGCUUCUGCAUUGGUGUGGGGAGGACUUUGACGGAGUUAUCGUCUAUGAUGAGUGUCACAAAGCCAAAAAUGUUUGUCCAGUUGGAUCAUCCAAACCUACAAAAACUGGGCUUGCAGUGUUGGAAUUGCAGAACAAACUCCCAAAGGCUCGAGUUGUUUAUGCAAGUGCUACAGGUGCCUCUGAACCACGAAACAUGGCUUAUAUGAACCGCCUGGGUAUCUGGGGACACAAAACGCCCUUCAGAGAAUUUGGUAACUUUAUCCAAGCUGUUGAGCGCAGGGGUGUGGGUGCCAUGGAGAUAGUGGCCAUGGACAUGAAACUGAGGGGGAUGUAUAUUGCGAGGCAGUUGAGUUUUACAGGUGUAACCUUUAAAAUUGAGGAGGUUCCCCUGAGUAAUAAGUACAUCCACAUGUACAACAAAUCAGUGACGCUGUGGGUGACUGCACGUGAAAAAUUCCAGCAGGCUGCAAACCUGAUGGAGGCGGAGCAACGCAUGAAGAAGUCCAUGUGGGGCCAGUUCUGGUCUGCUCACCAAAGGUUCUUUAAGUACCUCUGCAUCGCCUCCAAAGUCCGCAGAGUGGUCCAGCUGGCCAGAGAGGAGGUCCAAAAUGGAAAGUGUGUUGUGAUUGGUCUCCAGUCCACUGGAGAAGCAAGAACCCUUGAGGCCUUGGAAGAAGGAGGAGGAGAGCUCAAUGACUUUGUGUCAACUGCAAAAGGUGUGCUGCAGUCACUGAUUGAGAAGCACUUUCCGGCUCCUGACAGACAGAAACUUUAUAGCCUGCUGGGCAUCGACCUCCCAGCCAAGAAAACACCCCCUCCCAGUGAGACUGCAGCACAACGAGAGCAGAAGGGCAAGAAGAGGAAAGGUUCAGAGGUCAAAAAGCAGCAGCAGAAGAAGAAGCCUCGUAAGCACGGUGGGUUGUCAGGAACCAGCUCGGACGAGAGCCAGUCUGAGGAGUCGGACAGAGAUUCCGGUAAAGACUGCGACAGUGACGACAGCUUCAAAUCUGUCAGCUCGGGGGAUGAAGAUGAUGAUUUCAACCCAUUUAGAGACGAGUCCAAUGAUGAUGAGGAAGACGAUCCAUGGCUCAUCAGAAAAGAACCAAAGAAAGGGAAAGAGAAGAAGAAGAAAAAGAGGAGGAAGAGUGUCGAUCCAGACUCCAUUCAAAGUGCCUUGUUAGCCUCGGGGCUGGGCUCCACCAGGCCUGCUUUUACUGCCCCGGUUAACCCCCCGAGCGCACCUGCAACAGUCAAAGCAGAGAGUCAGGACAGCUGCAUCACAAGUCAGGACGCAGUGGAACAUGCACAGCAGAUGAAGCGAGAGCUGCUUGAAAAACUUGAGGAUCUGGCUGAGGAUCUGCCUCCCAACACCCUUGACGAGCUCAUAGAUGAGCUGGGAGGACCAGAAAAUGUUGCUGAGAUGACUGGCCGUAAAGGUCGUGUGGUCAGUAACGAUGACGGCAGCAUCACGUAUGAAUCUCGCUCUGAGCUGGACGUCCCGGUGGAAAUCCUCAACCUCACAGAGAAGCAGAGGUUCAUGGAUGGAGAAAAGAACAUUGCCAUCAUCUCAGAAGCUGCCAGCUCAGGUAUUUCCCUGCAGGCCGAUCGACGAGUGAAGAACCAACGACGGAGAGUCCACAUGACACUAGAGCUGCCGUGGAGUGCAGACCGAGCUAUACAGCAGUUCGGGAGAACUCACCGCUCAAACCAGGUCACAGCACCAGAGUAUGUUUUCCUCAUUUCAGAGCUCGCAGGAGAGCAGAGAUUUGCAUCCAUUGUUGCCAAAAGAUUAGAAAGCCUGGGUGCUCUCACACACGGGGAUAGAAGAGCAACAGAAACUCGAGAUCUCAGCCGGUUUAAUUUUGACAACAAGUACGGCAGAAGCGCUCUAGAAAUUGUGAUGAAGUCGAUUGUAAGGCUUGAUUCUCCGUUGGUGUCUCCACCUGCUAACUUUAAAGGAGAUUUCUUCAAAGAAAUUCAGGGUGGUUUAAUAGGUGUGGGCCUCAUAAACAUUGAGGACAGAUCUGGCACAUUGUCACUAGACAAAGACUACAACAACAUCGGGAAGUUCUUGAACCGUAUUUUGGGCAUGGAGGUACAGCAGCAGAACGCCUUGUUCCAGUACUUCUCAGACACAUUGGGAGCCGUGAUUCAGGAGGCCAAGAAGAACGGCAGAUACGACAUGGGCAUUCUUGAUCUGGGCUCUGGUGAUGAGAAGGUGAGGAAGGUGGACUGCAAGAAAUUCCUCACACCAGGCUACACCACAUCAGGACAUGUGGAGCUCUACACUGUGAGUGUGGAGAGGGGGAUGUCAUGGGAGGAAGCCACGCAUGUUUGGGCAGACCAGAACGGAGCAGAUGAUGGCUUCUAUGUACAGAUGAGGAACAACAAGAAAACCGCCAUUCUGGUCAAAGAAGUGAACACUAAGAAGAGGCUUUUCCUGGUCUACAGGCCGAACACGGGUAAACAGCUCAAACUGGAGACCUACGCUGACAUCAAGAAGAAGUUUAAAAAGGUCUUGUCAGAGGACGCAAAGCAGCACUGGACAGAUCAGUACAUGUCAUCUGCAAAAAUCUGCUCUCAUGCAUACUGGCGUGGGAACUGUAAGAAAGCAUCAGUGGGUCUGCAGUGUGAGAUCGGUCUUCGGUGCAGGACGUUCUACGUUCUGUGUGGCUCGGUGCUCAGUGUGUGGAACGAGGUGGAGGGAGUGCUCACACCGGUCAGUGGAACCAACGUAAAGGUGCAGAUAAUCAGGCUCAGAACGGAAGAUGGACAGAGGAUAGUAGGACUGAUCAUUCCAGCGAACUGUGUGUCUCCGUUAAUCCACAAGCUGUCAACGUCAGACCAGUCCCAGCAGCUGGCUGUGCAGGAGCUUCAGAAACGGCAGCAGCUCCACCCCCAAAGUCUCAGUCAUGCGCCCAACACAUAGUCCGAGGUGGACCAAUCCCAUCUCUGACCCCCUUGAGUCCAUGUCCCAGUCUGGAGGGAUCUGACUCCUCAGUCUCCAUCACUGCACUGCAGACUACAGGACCGCUGUCCCUUGUUCUGCACCCUCAACCCCCCUAUGUCUGUGAGGGUCCAAGAUGUCCCACUGAGCUGUGGCGACUCUUGGAUGUAAAGCAGUGGUUUGUACAGAGAAGAGAUUUCAGGGUUUUCUUCCUUUUUUUAAAAAAAAUCUCUAGAGACUCUUGUUUCACCUCACGAGAUUUGACGGGUGAUGUUUUGUCCUCUGACAUUCAGAGUGAAAAUUGUCGUAUAUAGAUGGAGUUGAAACUCAUAGGGCAGGUUGGCCUGGGGCUGUUGAGUCAUCCACUCCUCCUCUGCUUAAAGCUGUUUGGUUUCAGACUAACUGGUAUGGCGCAAAGGCCUUUUUUUUCUUUUCUUUUCUUGGUUCAGAAAGUCAGAGAGCUACCUUGAUUCACUAAAAAAUGGGCAUUUAAUGCAAAACAACAAUCUCAUAUUGAUAUAUUGGAAACCUUCACUCCUAAGACAUUCUGCACUGACAUUAUAAAAGGGUCUCAGAUUAAAUCAAAAAAGCUAUGGUUAGUUCAAUUCAACAAGGGUUUGGUUCUUUGUAGUCGUUUCAGUUUUAAAACAGAAUUUAGGGGCCCAAAUAUACAGAAGCCUGUAAGAGGUGUGUUCCCAAUCCCUAAAAAAAAAGCCCCUACCUGAGAUCACACAUUUACUUCGCUACUUUAGGACAUUUAUUAUUCAGAUAAGACAAGGCAGUUAACCUGUUAUUACUAGAUAAUAACAACAGCCUGUUUCUGGUUAUUACCUUUCUCAAAGAUCAGAAGUGCCAAGUCAGGAUAUCUGAGUACAGGAGGUAGCUUUAGUGUAAAUGUGUUGACCUGAUUAUUGUUUUAAAACUGUGAGUUUAUCCUGUACUGACUGAUGUUUGACAAAUAUGAACUGCUGUAAGGCACAUUUAAGAAGCACCAACAACACUGACAAAGGAACACAUUUGACAUUUGGUGAUUUUAUUUUUAGUGCAAUAAAACAAUUCCCCCCUAACAUAAUAUUCAAACCCUUACAAAAUAGUAACAGUGAUCAAGAAUGAAUGUGGAAUAACUCCCUAUUAAUCUUAUCCAAGCAGUUGUAAACUGCUGAAAAGUAUAAUCAAAGAGUAUCAAGAUAUUGCACUCCAAAAAGACUGUCUUCAGUGUCCUUGUAACUUCUCCUUUGAAGAUAUGUGGUGACGUUAAACUAUAUAGAUUCACUUGUAAAGUUUAUUCAGGAGGUGUUGAAGUUUUGACGAAAUAUCUGCUUUUAACUACUUUGUGUUGCGGGUUUGAAAAACAACAGUUUUGGUCUUUACCUGGGACCAAGUUACAAACAUUUUAGGUGAGACUGCACUGCUAACUUUCUGAACUGAGUGACAGUCAAAGGAGAGAGAAAAAAAUAUGUUAGCAGCCUCUGAAACAAAAAGUAAAGCAGCCAGGGAACUGUGAGAAAUGUAUGACAAAAUCUCUUGGAUUUUUGAGACAGCUUUCGGAGCAUUGCCCCCUCUUCAGAUGUACAUUUUUGUUGUUGAUUUUGUUGCCUUUUCAAACCAGAACACUGCUCAGGGGUUCAACUGACACAAAGUCCCUCGUUGGAAAAACAAAGAAAACCUUAAACUAGGUGACUGAAAUGCAUGACCAUAACUCUUACUCUCCUUCUUUACCUCCUUACUCAGUGAUGUUACUCUGUGGCUGUGUGGUUAGCUGUGAUGCAAACACGUCUCUCUGAUUCCUCUGCUGUCUUGAGCCCAGUUGUAAUUAAAAUGGAUGAUUGCUUCCGUUUAAACAAAAGUGUGCUUCUUCUGUCCUAAGUCCUUUCCUUCAAGACUGCACUGGAAAGGACAGACCAAAUAAAAGUGAGCUGUCCCCAAAACUAACAUUUCAUAUUGGAUGUUUGUUCAAAUAUAUUGCUAACCUGUGGAUUAGUUCAAGAAGUGUUUAUUCUCCUCUGUUUGUUAGUAGUACUUACAAAACAGUGAAAUAAGGAAGAAGUCUUUGUAUCAUAUCAUUUUGUACACUUUGUAAAGCUUAAAUUCUUCAUGCAACACAUCUUAAUUCACUGAAAAGGUCUGCUCUCUGAUUGGAUGUGUAUCUUUUAGUUUGAAUAUCCAUCAUUUUAUGACGACAACUCUCUUGUUUUCAUUUAGUCAUGAUAUGGGUUUAUUGUUUUUGAUUGCAGCAGAUUGGCUCUCGACAGUUAAAACACUUGAAGGACUUUUUGUUUGUUUUUUUUUCUCCUCACAUUACUGCACGAGUUGCACUACUGACAUUGAGUUGUACAAAGGUUCAACAGGAUCUGUAAAUGAAUGAGUGUAAUGCUCAAUAAAGCUUGUUAUACUUC